AGUAAGACCGUUGCGUUCCUUCUACUCGUGUUUUCGCUCACCCGAAAUCUCUUUUUUUUUUGGUAUUACCACUAAGUAUGCCUUAUAGAAAAUAGAAGAUUCCUUAAGGAGUUGCAACAAGUUUUUUAUAGGGUUCGUUUGAUUUGUAGAUUAACAACUAUUGAUGUACUUAUCACUCUUUACUUUUCCCCAGAACUAAACAUGAUAUCCCGAAAACAUAAAAACGACGGGGAUAAUCAGCUAAACGGUCCUCCUGACAAAAAACUGAAGGAAAGCGAUAAAUUUGAUCUUUGGGGAGAUGAUGAUGGAAUGAUUGAUGAUGAAUUAUCAAAGGUCGAUGAUGAAACACUCUCGCAAUGUGCAUCUCAAUCAAUACAUAUAGUGAACAAGAACAUUUUGGGUUCAAAGACUAAUCUAACGAAUGCUCCAGUCUCUUGCUCAAUCCUGGAUCUUGAUGAUACGCAAUCAUCCUUUAAAGAAAAUCCAACAAUCAAAGAUCCCAUGGAACGCGCUAGGCAAGAAAUUGAAAAUUACAAACAAAAACUAGAUCAAAUGAAAAAUCACAGAUAUCAGCAAGAUGGUGAAAUAUACAACCUGAGACAGUCUAUAAGACAAAGAGAUGACCAAUUGGCUAAAUUACGCAAUGAAAAGUUGGACUAUCAAGAAAAAAACCAAAAAGACAACAUUGAGAAAAUUAAACAGUUACAGAAAGAAGUUGAAAGAUAUAAGGGAGAGCUGGCAUUUAAAAAUCAUGAGAUAACUGAAACAGAACAAUUUUGUAAAAAACUUACUCAUGAAAUGGAGAUGAAUGCAUCAACUAACUUAGGUAAUAUCACUCCUGUUAAAAGUAAAAAGAAAUCUCCCGUUAAAACUAGUGGUGACUUUCCGAAUAAAUCUUCAUUUCUAAUGGGUCCAAAUGUAUCUGAAAGUCCUGAUAAGUCUAAACAAACUAAAAGCAUACCAACGAAAAUAUCAAAGAAGAGGGAAUUUGAUUUUGAAGUUUUACAAACUACCAAUGAUAUGGCCCUUUACAACAAGCAUUUAAUCACUGAUACCUUUUUAUCAUCACUCCAGGAAAGCGAAGUAUUGGAAGUAGAGAGGGCUAUACAUCAUCUGCUCUGCUCAAACGUUAGUGAAUUCAACGAAAUCGAAGCAACAGCGGGUGCUAAGAGACUAUUGCCAUUUUUACUAGAACACAUAAAUAACUAUUUACAGUUCCUAUCUACCUCAGAAAGAAAUUCCAGCGUACCGCCAGAAAAGCUAAGCAAACUAUUUCGAGAUUGUAUUGAUAUUUUGUAUUACCUGGUCGUUGAUAGAUCCAUAUUAGUUGCUGAUUGGUUUAAGAACGAGAAGGAAAGUGAUGUUAAGAUGGAUAUUGAUGAUUCGAUUCGACUUUAUUCAUCUCCUAUAUCACUCUUAGCUUCUUUUUUUGUGCCAAAUUUGAAUUACGGCAAUUUAAAUGAAAAAUAUGAAGUUCUAACGGCUAUUUUAAGGAUUCUUGAAAGGAUAAGCUACGGCACCUUAAGUAGUGAAGAUAUUUUAGUGCUUGUGAGGAGUAUUUUCUUGAACCAGAGCAUGAGUAAAGUUAUGUUAGAAACGAAUGAUAGUCAAAGAGAUAAUGAUGAAUAUGCUAAAUUUUGUCUUCAGUUGCUAAAUUUAAUUAUACGGAUUUGUUCUUUUCCUGAUAUAGCUGGACGAUUAUGUUCAAAGAGUAAAUCUGAGUUAAAGGCUGAUACCUGCGUAUUUAAAGCUUUACUGUACACCCUGAAAUGCUUUAGGAGAAGGAACGAUGAAAUUAGAAUGAGCAUAGCCGAAAGAGUAAUAUCUAUGUGUCAGACAAUGAUAUAUUCUUGCGACGGCGAUACAUUGCAAACUUUCUGCAAAUGUUCUACUGAAAUCAGUAGAUGUUUAAUUUUAUAUACCCAUUCUCUUUAUAGUAUAUUAAUAAAGGAACAAUUAUCAGGAGAAGAAAGUUUUCAAGAAUUUGAGAAGGAUCCUUGGUUGAGGAGAUUACCAAAAAACAGUAAGGAAGAGCGACUGAUAAUUUUAAUACGGCGAGGUUUAAGAAUUUUAAAGAAAUUAGGCAUCACGUUUCGAUACGUAGAAGCUAACUGCCAAAACGUUUUAAAAGAAUUCAUUGAACUGUAUCAAGUAAUCGAUCGAUGGUUGUUUGGUAUAAAACCAUACAUGGAUAUAGAUUCCCCUAUGUGUAGUCUAUGGGAUUUAGGAGGAGAUUAUUGA